UGUCAUGUUGUUUCUGGACCUAGGAAAUCGAAAGAGGUCCCCAUCUCGACAUGAAUUAUUUUUAAGUACAAACCAUAAAGUGGAAAAGAAAAUUAAAGUGAGGCAAAGUGGUCACAAGAUUUAGAGCGGGCAUUUCUUUUGAAAAAAAAAUUCUAUCAGAAAACAAGUAGGAAACCCACGUUCCUAUUUAUAAGCCUAACUGUCCCUCAACUGCUAGAAAACUCUCUCCUUCUACUUAUCACCAUUUCCUUCUCUGCAACUUCAUAUCCUUAACAAACCAAAGCAAAUUCUCAUCCAAAGCAAAAAAAAAAAAUUACGAAAACCCAUUUAUCAGUCUUAGCGAAACAUGAAAUGGUGUAAGAAGAAACCUUCUUCUGCUGCUGCUGCUUUUUCUUCUCGUCCUUUCUCGAUCUCUCAAGUUUUGCCCACUUCUUGGACUACAAAGUUCAAGCAAAUGAGCAUAAGCUCAGGACAAAAACAUGCAAAAGUCAAGCAAAAAGGGACAUGGAAUUCUACUUGUACAACAACAGACUCCUCUAAUGGCGGAGGGAAAUUUUAUGGAGGUGAUGGUGAUGCUUUUUGGAGAUUAUCUUUUGGAGAUGACAGUGUUGAUGACAGCAAGACUAGGGGUGUGCUUCGAUCAGUUCGGUAUAGUUCAGAUGAUGACCUUGACUUUCCACUGUCAAGGGUGAAUGGAGAUGAAGAGACUAAAAAAUUUAGUAAUACAGUUUCUCAUGUGAAGAAAAUUAGAGGAUUGCCGGAAGAAGUUGAGAUUGUGCAACAAAUGCAAACUUGUGUAAGUGAAAAAGUAGCAGAAAUCAGAACUCCAAGGCUGAAAGUUGAAAGAGAUAAGAUAUUGAGGAAGUCUGAAGAGAAACAAUUACAACUUGAUAAAGCAGAAGGGUUUCAAAGAAAAACAGUAGCAAGAAGAUACGGUGUUCUUGAAAGGGUGGACUGUAAGUUGGCAGCUGUUGAUUCAACUACAGAAAGAGAUUCUUUUUCUUAUCGAAGAAAAAUUGAAAAAGAUUGUGUUUUUGCUGCUGAGAAUGAAAAUUAUGGCUUUUCUGCAGAAAAUUUUAGCUCCAAGUGGCAAAAAUUGAAAGAAAAGAAAGUCGAAGAGUUCAAGUCGAGAAAUGCAGAACAGAGGAAAUCUCUGUACAUAAGCAGAGAGUUGCAGAGGAAAAGAACAAAACAUAACAACAAAGUAAGAGUUUACUCUCCAAGAACAUCUUCAAGAACUGAAAUCAGCAAAAUAAAAGCUUUGGAAGAUAUGAAGAUGGCAAAAUUGAAAACGAAAAAGAAAGCAAAGGAGAAAACAAUAUUAGGAUUCAAGGGUUUAGAGAGCUUUGCAGUGGUGAAAUGUUCAUACAAUCCCCAGAAAGAUUUCAGAGAUUCAAUGAUAGAGAUGAUUAAAGAACAGAGGAUUAGCAGACCAGAAGAGCUUGAAGAACUCUUAGCAUGCUAUCUUACAUUAAAUUCUGAUGAAUACCAUGAUCUCAUCAUCAGAGUAUUCCGGCAGGUAUGGUUUGACCUGAACCAAGCUUGUUUUGAUACAGAAUUAGAGAAUGAAGAGUGAUUUUAGAAUUAACAACAUUUCUACUUAUGAAAAGGUAACUUGUACGUACCCUGUGAAUAGGGAAGAUUUUACAGUUCUAAUAUCAUAUGCUUCUAGUUGUUUUAAUGAGAAUGUUCAGCUUAAAGAGCUUCAAUAAUAAAUACUAAUGUGCUUGGCUGCUUGUUA